GCUGCCGUGUACUUCCGCCGAAGAGUUUAGCGUUACAUGUUGUGACAUGUCCGUUACUAUAACGUUAUGACAAAGGUGGACCAGAUGCUGGUGUCCUUCUCGAUGAGAUAACUGAAUGUUCAUACUGUGUUAAAUGCGGCGCUUGUGAAGGGACUGUAGAGCUUAUGCUGAGAGUUCUGUAAGAGCUGAUGCAAUAUGGCACCAACUCAUGUGAAAGGAGCGCUCCUGCGGACAGUCACAGGACUGCUCCGGGAGAAAGAGCCUCGGCAGCAGCGCCUGUGUGCUCUGACACUCGCCCGACAUUUCUCCAGCGCCUCUUUGGAGAACCAGACAAAAGGAAAUAGUCAGGUCCUCAGAGCUGCGGUGUCUGACGGACGCGGGGAGGACAGCAGUAGUGGCAGUGGAGCUCAGAGGUGCCUCCUCGGAGCUUUAGCUGUAGGAAUGGGACUGAGCGGAGCAGCUGUACACUACAUCAGUAAAGAGCAGGACAAAGACAGUUUCAAGAGCACAUGCUCGCUCAGAAACUCUCUGCCCCACGCUCUGCUACCUGUAGCCCAGUGUGCUGCCCCAUACGCUCCUGACAGUCCGCGAUACAAAUACAACUUUAUCGCAGAUGUGGUGGAGAAGUCAGCACCUGCUGUAGUGUACAUCGAGAUCGUAGGACGGCACAUGUUCUCUGGCCGAGAUAUCCCUGUCUCUAAUGGUUCUGGCUUCAUCAUCAAUAGCGAUGGCCUAAUAGUGACCAAUGCUCAUGUAGUAGCCAACAAGCGUGACGUUCGUGUCAAACUCACCAAUGGAGAGACCUACAAUGCCACCGUGCAGGAUGUGGACCAGGCUGCAGACAUUGCAACUAUUAAGAUCCAUCCCAAGCAUCCUCUGCCAACAUUGCGUCUUGGCAAGUCAUCUGAGGUACGUCAGGGGGAGUUUGUUGUUGCCAUGGGGAGCCCCUUUGCGUUACGGAACACCAUCACUUCUGGUAUUGUCAGCUCAACUCAGAGAGGGAGCAAAGAACUGGGCCUGUCCAACCCCAACAUGGACUACAUACAGACUGAUGCUACCAUAGAUUUUGGGAACUCAGGUGGUCCUCUUAUUAAUUUGGAUGGUGAGGUAAUUGGCAUUAACACAAUGAAGGUGACUGCUGGAAUCUCCUUUGCCAUUCCUUCUGACAGAGUGCGCCUGUUCCUCAACCGUGCUGUAGAUAAAAAGAAGUCCUGGUUUGGUGAAUCUGAGACCAAACGGCGCUACAUAGGAGUGAUGAUGUUAACUCUCACACCCAGUAUAAUUGCAGAGCUGAAGAUGCGUGACCCCUCGUUCCCGGACGUAACCCAUGGAAUCCUCAUCCAUCGCAUCAUCAACGGCUCUCCAGCUAGUAGAUCAGGUAUGAAGCCAGGAGACAUUGUGUUGGAGGUCAAUGGGGUGAAAGUGAACACAUCAGAAGAGAUCUACAAUGCUGUACGAACAUGUGACAGCAUCAAGAUGGUGGUCCGUAGGGGCCAAGACCUUCUUUUGUUGCAUAUGGUCCCUGAGUUUACAGAAUAACUCCAGAAUGACUUAAUAAUGCAAAUGAUGGGAGAACAAUAGUUGAAAGAGAAAGUUCAAAAAAUCAUUCAAAGGUGGGAAUAGAAAAAUAAGUAAGUUUAUGUGAGGAAGAAGGACAGAGAUGUGUCUUGUGAUAUUUCAGAAUGUUAGAAAUGAGGACAGUAAAGAGUGGCUAAAGCAGAAUGGAAGAACUAGUUUAUUUUGUGCUAGAUUAACUAGCUUGACCCCGUGACCCUGACGAAGAAGCGGCUUAGAAAAUGGAUGGAUGGAUGGAUAACUAGCUUGAAGGUGUGUCAUGCUGGGGACAGAUCUACACAUAUACAGUAGUAGAAAGUGGAAAUGCCAUAUGGAAAAAAUGGCAUUUUAAAGUGAUUAAAAUGCACUGCACAUCUCUUGACAGUUAUGGCAUUAUUAUAGAAAAUGAAAUUUCUAUUGAUAAGAAUGCUAUAAAUUGUGAAAGGAGACUAGCAAAUUUGCAAUGGUAAUAUUUAUAAAUUGGCUUAGACUUAAAAAAAUUGUCAAGUAUGAAAAGAUGUACAAACUGUUGGCCAGAAAGCAUUGAAAAAAAAAAACAUUAUUUUGUACUUUCUACAUCUGGAUGUAUUUUUAUUCUGAGAAAACCAGGCCAACACUUUGUCCACCUCGCCUUGCAGCUGUUCAGUCCACCAUGACUUGCAGCUGUUCAGACAACAACAGGGAAAUGGGAUCUCUUCUUAAGUGAUCCAGUGUAUUUGGACAAAAAUUGUUCCAAAAGUGUAUAACAUUGUACCAAUGACUACAAAAUAAAACUAAAAACAAAGAUUCUUAAUUACUGAUGUACACUGAUCCACAUAUUGCUUAGUAUCUAUUUUGUCUACCCCUGUAUAUGUGAACGAAGGUAUCUCGCUGGUACCUGUCUACUGUUAUCUGCUCUAUAUUCGUUCUAAAGGUUGAUCAAUGCUCAUUAAACAGGAAAGUGGUAUAAAAACUGCUAAAUGUUUGAAAUGUGAGUGGCUGAGAAAUGUAGGUCUCUGCUUUUUUCUAGAGACCGUCUUUUCUAAUGACCACUAUGAGUGCUCUUAAUGCACCUUUACAUCAGUUUUUGUCAUGCACACUUUGGAACAUGUAUCAUGUUAUGAAAUAAAAAUAAACAGUAUUACAAUUUUAAAAUGAAA